AUUGUUAAUAUACAAGUACGAGUAUACAACAUGAACAUUUUAGCGUGUGUAGGACUGCUGAUAUGUGUCUGCACAGCAUACACGUCAGGACUACCUAGUCCAGCACAUGAAUCAAGCUCUUCACUUAAAAUCGCGCCCGAGACACCUGGCGAAGUUUUAGCUCCAGAAGAGUCUCGAGGUGGCUGGGGUGGUGGUGGCUGGGGUGAUCGUGGCGGGGGAGGUGGUCGUGGAUGGGGAGGAGGUGGCGGAGGGGGUGGUGGUCGUGGAUGUUGUGGCGGCUGGGGCGGUCGCCACUUCUUUGGGGGACGUUAAAGACUACUUAUAAUUGUCCGAUAUUGUACUCUUUUCUGUGACUAUAAUUUCAAAUAAAUUUUUACUGCUUUAAUUUUUAGAUGUCAAUUAUAUGUUUAACGAUAUUCAGUCAAAAGUAAUGAAAAUAAAGUGCGUUAAUUAAUAAGCUGUAUAAGAACAAUGUUUAAAUAUUUUCGGUUUUGCAAUGUUUUCAUACUGUUCCUUAUAUUUUUUCGUGUAAUUUUAUCCACUGACAUUAGAGUGUAAGGUGAGUGUUUUCCCGAGAAAUACUUUGAACCUAGUGUUUUUAAUUUAUGCUUCAAUUUUUACUUUUUAAAUAUAUUCAAUUCAUUUGUUAAUUAAACAA